AUGGUGGUAUGUAACUACUACGACCACCUAGACGACUACUUUUGUAUCUCCCUGGAAGCAACCGGACUGUUUCAGAUGCGCGAUAAGAUUCUGACAAUAUACUCGGUAGCGGAGUCUAGUACUCUUUUCAUCUUUUAUGGGGGAUUUAAUUUGGGGGCGGAUAGCAGGUGGAAGUUGGAGGUAGGUACUAUGCUCGUGCGUAUGGCGUACUGUAGGGCAUUUGUCUGCCCUACGAGGAGCGGAAUCUCAUAUAUGAUUCGUGCCAACACACUGCCCCCUUGUGCUUUAGGGGAGUUUCAACACUGCAGGUCAUCGUCUGAGAACCAGCCACACAAUGGAGUCAUGGACAUUGCGACCAGGGAAGACCAAGGGGGGUGGGUGUGUAGCCCUAUGAAUCAGUUGGCUGCUUUGCUGAAGCUGGUUGGUGUUACGGUAAGCGGAUGGUACGGAAGGCGUUCCCGUAUGAACUAUUACUCUCGUGAUUCCGAAGAGAAGACCAUCCAUCCUGACACUCUCCUACAAAAGUAUAACAAGUAG